UUCACUACGCGUACCUCAUCUUAACAAAUUAUGAACGCCUAACCAAAAUGGACACAAUCGAAGAUAUAUCAAGCACGUGUGAAAACGACGUCGAAAACAGUGUUUUCAGGAAAAACAGUUUCGAUUGCGAAACGGAAACCGAUUAUGACAGUGAAAACGAGACUAUUGAUGUGAUUUGUGAAAACAGUGUAAAUACAAUCGCCAGGAAUAGUGACAAAAUUAUUGCGAAUACAUUUCCUGCAGAUAGGAAUUAUUUGUAUGAAAGUCGUAUUUUAUUUCCAACUAAAUUUGAUACUAGAAACGUUUGUGAUGAUAGUGAAGCCAAUGUUAUAAGACAUUCGGUAAGCAGUGUAAUUAAUAGUAGAAGUAAAACAUUUUUGAUUGAUAAUAUUUUAGGUAACGAUAAAGAUACUAAUGUUGAAAUUAGUAAUAGGACUAACACUGAUAGUGAUAAUUUUGAAGAAGCAGCUGAUGAACAUAAUGUAUCGUCAACAUCAACGUGUCCGGAUCUAAAUGCUCUGAACGAGGCGGGGCUCCUUGCUGGCCAUGCGUACGCGCACUGGCUGGCGUCGCACCAACCAUCUUCAACUUAUUACGAUGACAAACACAAUAGGAGACCUCGACGAGCCGGGCCUGAGAGAAAACCAAGGCAAGCCUACAGCGCCAAGCAGUUGGAGAGGUUAGAAGCUGAAUUUAAACUAGACAAAUACCUGAGCGUAUCCAAGAGAAUGGAGCUAUCAAAAGCGUUAGGCCUUACAGAAGUACAGAUAAAAACUUGGUUCCAAAAUCGUAGAACGAAAUGGAAGAAACAACUGACGUCACGACUCAAAAUUGCGCAGAGGCAGGGAUUAUUUCCAGGACAAAUCUUCGGACACACCCCGCAAGCAUAUUCCCUUCUGAAUCCGUAUGCGUAUGCGCCUCUUAGUUGCGUAUUUUCGCCAGUCCCAUUACCUUCGUCGCCACCUUGAAUAUUAUAAUUGUCGACUCGGAGCGUUGUUCAUAGAAUUAACAAAUAAAAUAGUUAUUUCGCUCUUUAUGAUACUAUUGAUGGUUUUGAAAACCUAAAUAAGUUAAAAAGUUUGUCCAUUCCAAAUAAAUGUGUAUUAUAGAAACAGAAAACGAAAUGUAUAGAGGUAAAACUUGUUAUUUAUUUUGACGUACAUAUCAUGAUAGUUAGAACCAGGACCACACAUGAUAAUUAGUAAAUAGAUUUGUUCAGAUGACUCGCAUUAAUGAAGCUAAUUAUUUAAAAUUCUUAAGCCUGCAAGGUGAGGUCACGAAGCUAAUAAUUAUUUAAAAACUUAUAGUUAUUAGGAUAAGUAAUAAGAUACAUAUCAACGUUGUAAAUUUUAAAUGUAUGUUUAUUGUUCAUACCCGCGGCUUCGUCCACUAAAUUGUAGAAUAUAUUUAUUAAAAUAAAACUCCAAUGACUUUUCCGUGUCAUGAUAUUCGUUGUUAACGUCAUUUAAGCAGAUUCAUCAUCACAAUUCGUAUCAUUCCAUUCAUUUUUAACUAUUUUAAUUACGGUGUGAAAUGUACAUAAUUAGCUAUUUAUUG